UGUCUCCAUGCACCACGUACCAACCAAAUUUGAACUGAAAACGACAACCUAAUACUAAUGAAACCCGCAGGAACAUCAUCAUCGACGGGCCAGAAAGAAGUGAAGUACCGGGGCAUUCGCCGCCGGCCCUGGGGGAAAUUUGCCGCGGAGAUACGGGACCCGAAUAGGAACGGUGCGAGGCUGUGGCUGGGGACGUUUGAGACGGCAGAGGAGGCCGCCAGAGCCUACGACAGGGCGGCGUAUGCUUUGAGGGGUCAUCAGGCGAUUCUUAAUUUCCCAAAUGAUGGUCAUUACAGGACUGCGGAUGGACAACCCCUGGUGAGUUUGAAUUCUCAGACACGACCACCUCCUCAGCUGCUUCAUGGGUCGACUUCGUCUAGUUCCACGGUUGUUCCAGAAGAGGUCGAGGGGUCGCGGAAAGGCCUGGACGACGAUAAAGUAAUUGAGCUCGAGUAUUUUGAUAAUAAGUUGCUGGAGGAUCUUCUUGGGACAAAUCCAGGGACAAGACAUUAAUGAGAGAUAUCAAAGAUUUGGUCUUUAAUUUCUUUUCAUUUCGCAGUUAGUCAGAAUGGAUGAAUAAUAUAAGAUUUGAGUUCAUGGCAUGAUUUUAUGUAGUAGGGGGUAUAGAAAAAAAGAGUUAGGAUUUCUUGUAAUUUGUUUUGGAUUAUGAAUUUUGGGGUGUAAAAUCCUUUCUACCACAUCUGCAGCUCAUCAUAUAUUUUACUUUUCAGCCCUUUAUCGCAAUCAAAUCAAUAAUUGUUA